GCGGCGUGGGCCGCCUGAUGGGCGAGACAUACCUCGAGUGGGCCCCCAAGCUGGGGUACAAGUAUUCCGUCUUCAACCUCGUCUACGAGACCAACGUGGCGUCGUGCAAGAUCUGGGACGCGCUCGGCUUCAAGCGCAUCGGACGCGUCAAGGGCGCCGGGAACCUCAAGAGCCACCCGGACCGGCUGGUGGACGCCAUCAUCUACGGACGCGACCUGGGCGACGCGGCAGGCGGCGCAGGCAACGAGGAACUUGCUGCGGAGCGCAGCUACCCACUAUAAGCUCCUGGAUGGCGACGUCUUGAUGCUCAAGGACAAGGAAGUCAUAUCGGACCCCCAGCGCCAGUACGAGAUCGCGAGGAGCGUGCACAAUCAGGCCCACGGCGGCAUCAACAAGACGACGGCCACCAUCGCCGAACGGUACCACUGGAGCCGCAUCAAGGAGACGGUCUCGGAUGUAAUUAGGAACUGCUCAGAAUGCAAAGAUACAAACAAGACCUCGUCCUCCCAGAACCAACAGCCGUCGCCGGGCACCGGCGUCAACGGCCUGAAGCGACCAAACCCAAACGCUGCCUCUUCUGCCUCUGCCUGCAAGCGUGCCUCGCCCAGCCCUUCGGCACCCGGCGCCGGGCUAGACUUCGCCGCCGCCGCCGCCGGGGCACAGAGGCCGCCGCCAGUGGCGGAUCCAUCCCACAUGUCGCCCUUCAACGUCCCCGCUCAUCAGCAAUAUGCGGAUCCCAGCGCCAUUGCCAUUUCCAUCCUCCCUCCGCCAAGCCAUCAUCACCCUCUCCCGUCGCCUACCGACACCGCCAUGACCGGCCACGAUGUUAUGAGCCGAGAUACCCACGACCCAAUGCUCCAGCAACUCCACCCACAUCACCAUCCACCGACCGCUCAUCCAGUAACACUCCCACACACCAUUCCCGUUCCCGACUACCAACCAAUCGACCCGCAGAUCAUCGCCCAGUCAUCGGCUAGCGCCGACCUACAUCACCACAGCCACACUCACGAACACAGUCACCACCACUAUUCCUUCUCCCAACCGUCUCCGCCGCCGUCGCACCACCAGCAGCACGACCAUCCACACCACGACCCAGACACCGACGCCGACGCAGAGACCUUCCAGGCGCUGCUCAACGCCGCCGUCACAGACGACGACGAGGAGGAGGACGCCAACGGCAGCCAGCUCGCCGUCGGCGUGAGCAGCGCGUCACCAGGCAUUCAACGGCACGAUAUCGGCGACGACAGGGAAAGAGGCAACAUACCGUCCCCAGGCGGACCAGUCACCCACACUGCCAGCAUGUCCGCUCAUCAUGAUCACCAGCACCAGCACCAGCAGCACCAGCACCACCACCACCCACCACCACCACCACCAGAGCACACCACACCACAACCACGAGAAGGGACAAAAGCGGAGCAGGAAGAGGAGGACGAGGCCGUGGAUCGGGAUCUGGAGAUGCUCAUCGAGUCGCAGGAGGACGACGAGCCGCUACCUGCCGAGCACGAGGAUCCCGAGCUGUCCGGUAAGGCGAGCGGGAGAGGGGACGCGUUACCACCCGUAGACGUGGAGAUGGAUAUCGGGACCGGCGGGGAUACCGGCGCUGCCGUUCCCGUUGCCGCGUCCCCCGGGAAGGUAGAAGACGUGGCGGGAUCGUUAGCGGGCGGUCCUGCACAGGGGGUGGCUCGAAGAGGGUAAAAGAGUUUUUGCAACGGUCGAGCGUUGGAUGAGAAGCCAGGGGUGGGUGGUUGGUUGGUUAGCUGUCGCUCUGCAUUCUCGCUCAUUGAGCCGGUUACACCAGGGGAGUAGAGGCUGCUGUUCUUUUGCUCGGGGGAUACCUAAU